AUGAAGAAGGCGUUGAGAGCUUACGGAGAGGUUCUGAGACUGGUACGGCGGCUGCCGGAGGACACCAGGGGUUACUACGCCAAGUACGCGCGUGAAAACUUCGUCAACUACAGAGACGCCGACCCCAAUGACUCCGCCGCCGUUGGCGAGCUUCUCCGGCGAACUUAUACUCACUCUCUCUGGUAUUCCGUGGGAGAAUCUGUGGCGGGGAAACUGAAGGAGAUCUGUUCUGCGUGA